AUGCGUCUCAUGCCCGUGCUGUCGGCCUUGGUCGCUUGCAAUAUUGGAUUAGCCAUUACGGAGCUGGACCACGAGAAGAUCCAGCGAUCAUUGGAAGCGCGGACAUGGGCGCAUGAGACACGCGAUCUGAGUAGUCUGCUUGGAGACUUGGAAACGUGUGAGGGCUGCGAGCGCGUUUUGUCCGUCCUCAAGGCCGUCGUCAAGACCGGAGAUGAUGCCCUCAUCGCCCUGGGCAAACGCCUCUGCAAAGACAGCAGUGCUUAUGAUUCGCAAUUCUGCAACGGAGUUGUCGAGCGCGAGGCCCCUUCGAUUGCGUCCAUAAUCAGAACCAUGGAAGUCGGCUCUUCCUCUGCUAGACACUUCUGCAUGACUUUCCUCGGAGUCUGCAGUGCCCCGGCAAUCAAUCACUGGAAUGUCGACUUUGCGUCCCCGAAGCUUUGUUCAGAAGUCAAGAUCAAAAGCGUCGGUGGCCGGAAGCCCAUUCAGGUCAUUCAUUACUCGGACAUUCACGUCGACCCUCUGUACGAGAAGGGAUCCAACACCAAAUGUGGCAAGCCCACAUGCUGUCGAUCCUACACCGAAGAUGACAAGCCCGGCAAAACUAAGAAUCCCGCCGGGCCGUUUGGCGAUCACUCCUGUGAUGCUCCGACUACUCUGGAGAAGAGCAUGUACGAUUUCAUCAAAAAGGAGUUUCCCCACGCUGCCUUCACGCUAUUUACAGGCGACAUCGUUGAUCACGGUCUCUGGAAUACCAGCAAGUCGUAUAAUCAAGGCCUCAUCCAACAAUCGUACGAGAUGAUGAAUGACGGCCUCAACAUUGUGUAUGGAGCUACUGGCAACCACGAGGUCCACCCACCCAACAUUUUUGAGCCCGAAUCCCUGGGAAGCCAGACCCGUUGGGUAUAUGAAACCCUUUCCAAAGAAUGGUCACGCUGGAUUGAUGGCGCAUCUCUGCCAGAAGCACAGGCCGUUGGCGGGUAUUCCACCAAGUACCCCAACGGCAAUCUUCGCAUUAUUUCUCUCAACACCAACAUGUACUAUCGCCUCAACUUCCUUCUGUACCAGAAACAGCUUGAGAAGGAUCCAAAUGGCCAGUUUGCUUGGCUGGCCAAGGAACUCGAUGCUGCGGAAAAGGCCGGCGAGAACGUGUACAUCAUCGGCCACAUGCCAAUGGGGGACGCAGACGCCCUACCCGACGGUUCAAAUUACUUUGACCAGAUUGUCAACCGCUACGCAAGUACCAUCAGGGCCAUGUUCUUUGGCCACACCCAUCUUGACCAUUUCGAAAUCAGCUACUCGAACUACGCCGAGCGGACUCAUGACAAUGCCGUUGCCAUUUCGUAUAUUUGUCCCUCCCUUACGCCCACAUCCGGUAUGCCGUCCUUUAAAGUCUACGACGUAGACCCAGAGACUUUUGCAGUCAUCGACGCUAAGACCUACAUGGCCGACAUGAACGACGAGAGCUUCCAGAACAAUGGGCCAACGUGGAAGCAGUACUACUCUGCGAAGGAGGUCUACGGUGAAAUCGCCAGUCCCCGUCUUGCCGGCGCCAAAGCAGAGCUAUCCCCAUCCUUCUGGCACAACGUCACCGUCGCAUUCGAGAAGAACCAGACCCAUUUCGACGCCUACAUGGAGCGCAAGUCCCGUGGCUGGAAAACUGACCAGAAGUGCGCUGACAAGUGUCGACAGACGGAGAUUUGCGCCUUGCGUGCUGGCCGUGCCCAGGACAACUGCUGGGUGCCAGUUCCUGGAAUUCACUUUUCCAAGCGUGACGGAUCGGGGCAUAACCACAACAAGCACGACGAGUGUGGCUCUUCCGUCUCCAGGGACAUCCUGAGCAACCUUGUGAGGAGACUCGACAUGCUGGAGAUGCUACAAGAGCGCUUUCUCGCUGAGGGCGCAACAAUUGAGCCUAUUCUUGUGAGGCGAGAGGAGCCGUCUUCCUCUGCCACUGCCACUCAGACCCAGAAUUAUUGCGUCGCCGGACCCGAGAAUUCGAGCAGUACUGGGAGUGCUACGGGCGGUGUGGCCACUGCUACUGCGGUCAAGGGAAAUGCUGCUCGUGGGCCCGGAGCUGCGGCUUUCUGGGCCAGCGGUGUCUUUGCACUGUUGGCUUUGUAG